AUGGAAAGACAAGUGUUGUGUGUUUGUACAUUUUGUCGAAAUGUAUCCAACAAUGUUGGAAUAUAUGUAAGUGUCUCUACUCGAACGAGGCAUCGACGACAGGAAAAGGAUUUUAAAAAUAUGUCACCUAUUCUAUUAAUUACUACACAAGACUUAAAUCCAUACGAUGAUAAUAUACAACCUUAUAAUAGCCCAGAAAUGUCAAAUUUUAUAUUUAAUCCUUCACCUACAUUAGUGAACCCUUUAGCAUUAGUUUCCAAUUUGUCAAUUAAUGAGUUGGAAUCGAAUAGUUUUGAAAAGAACGUAUUUGGGUUGGAUAAUCUUGAAGAAACGGAGAAGCAGAGGUCUUCACUUUUUGCGACUUCUAAUACCUUAGAAAACGGUGACUUAUUGGAAUUAGAGUUUGAUUUAGAAAGAAAUGUGUUGGAGUUUGAACCAGAUGAACAAGAAUUCGAACUAGAUGAACGAACAUCUGAACUGGAUGAGCAAGAAUUUGAAAUAGAGGAACAAGAAUUUAAAUUAGGAGAUGAAAAUAAUAAUAGUAAAUCUAUUAUUUCUAAUGAAAACAAUAUUAAUUGUGAAAUAUGUCCUAAGUAUAGUGAGCCACGAUAUGUGCCCGGACAAAUACCAAAAAAAGCCCGAAAAUCUGCUGCAUAUUUUUCUAUAAUCGACAGUUUACGAAUACAAUAUAAGGAUCUAUCACGUGCAAAAACUCUCCAAUAUCGACAUGAAUACACCUCAAGAAAAGAAUAUGUGUUUGAAAAUAGUGUAAUUGGAGAUGUCUUCGACGGUAACAGGUAUAAGUCCUUAGUUGCAUCAGGUUUAUUUACAGAUCUUCGUAACAUUGCAUUGAUUGCAUCAACAGACGGUUAUCAAUUGUUUAAAAAAAAGCAAAAUAAUUGCUGGAUCGUUUUACUUUUGAAUGUGAAUCUACCUCCAGAUCAAAGAGUAAAGAAGGAAAACUUGAUGAUAACUGCAAUUAUUCCUGGUUCAAAAUCAUCAAAAGACUUUAAUAGUUUCUUAAAGCUGCUUGUAGAUGAAUUAAAGUGUCUUGAAGACCACCUUGGGCAACAUGGCAAUAUCCGAUGGAAAGGCUAUACACAGUUUGCACACCUGCAAUAUUAUGCUAGAUAUGAUCAGAAAAUUUUUGCAGAGGAACCUCAGGCCUGGUCAUUAAAAUGUGUUUUUAGCCCUUCAACUAAUGAAGAAAAAUUAUAUUCAUUAUUCAAAGAAUAUGUGAUGACAACAACUGAAGUUCAUAAGAUUAAGCAAUACUACACAACUGCACUUGGUUUGGUGUUUAACCAUAUUAAGGCAAAGCUUCUGGUCGACAAAAAUGCUCAUCGUCAAAAGGCACCUAUCAACUUUGAAGAACAG